UGGGCCGGGGCGCGCGCAACAGCCUCGCUCUGGGGCCAGAGCCUGCGCGCUCUAUCUCGUCUCCCCGCGCCCCCAGCGCGCUAGAGCCCGCAGGGGUUUCUCCUCCAGGCGGUCAUGUCUCUCAGUCCGGCCGGGCCUGGCGGCGCGGCCCAAGCCCUGCCAUCCGUGGCGAGCGAGCGCAAGAGGCCAUGAUCUGGCUGCGCUGCUGGUGUGCUCGGCGGCCCCGCGGCUCGGCGGUCCCGGCGGGGCGGCGCUGGGCGGCUGGCGGGCCGGCUGGCGCGGUGGGCGGCCGAGCCCUGCGGGUGUUGGUGGACAUGGACGGCGUGCUGGCCGACUUCGAGGGCGGCUUCCUCAAGAAGUUCCGCGCGCGCUUCCCGGACCAGCCUUUCAUCGCGCUGGAGGACCGGCGCGGCUUCUGGUUGUCGGAGCAGUACGGCCGCCUGCAGCCCGGGCUGAGCGAGAAGGCCAUCAGCAUAUGGGAGUCGGAGAAUUUCUUCUUUGACCUUGAGCCUUUACCAGGAGCUGUGGAAGCUGUGAAGCAGAUGGCCAACCUAGAAAAUACUGAUGUCUUCAUCUGCACGAGCCCCAUCAAGAUGUACAAGUACUGUCCCUACGAGAAGUAUGCCUGGGUGGAGAAGCACUUUGGCCCUGACUUUCUGGAGCAGGUUGUGCUGACCAGAGACAAGACCGUGGUCUCUGCCGACCUUCUCAUAGACGAUCGGCCGGACAUCACAGGCAAGUGGCCUGGGCAGGGGCCGAGCCCAAGCCCAGCUGGGAGCACGUCCUCUUCACAGCCUGCCACAAUCGGCACGUGCAGCUGCAGCCCCCAGGCCGCAGGCUGCACUCCUGGGCGGACGACUGGAAGGCCAUUCUGGACAGCAAGCGGCCCCGCUGAGGUGGACUGAGCUCUGGACUCCUUUGCAGGGCCCGUGACCUCUGGGCUCCAAGCUCAGGGCCUGGGGGACUAGCGCUCUGGCCUGAGGACUUCCUCUCAGGUGCCCCGGGCCCACUGUGCGUCUCCUCCUUCCCCCAGCCCUGCCAGGCCUUAAACUGAUCUUGGGGCAGGACUGGCCUGUGGGCCCUGAACUGGACUCAUGCAGCCGGGCAGUGAGGGCUGACCUCAGGCCACGGCCAGGCUGCCAGGAGCCAGGGCUCCAGACUGGAGGAGCAAGAGUGUUGUUCCGAGGGCCAGCAGCCCUUCCCCUCAGGGAAGCCCCCUUCCCCGGCUGUGCAGCCCAUUGGUGAGGGGGCCAGUAGCAAGAUGGCCAAGGUGCUCCUGGUCUGAGAGGGUGGUGAGCCAGAGCAGGUGGGGCAAGCGCCUCCAUUCUCAACCAUGCCCCUUACCCAGCCUGGUCUCCCCAGUGCCCCGCCACAUGUUCGGCACUCGCUCACUGAGUUCCAGGGCAUGCCAGGCUCAGUGCUAGGUGAGGUGCCGCACACGACCCUGCCUUGGACCAGCUCACAGGGUUCUUGCACCAUGCCUCUGGGGCCCCGCUCAGGGCCCAGCAGAGAGUCAUCAGGCUUGAAUGUUGAUUGAAGGCAUGAAAAAUAAAUACUGUU